CGGGCCGACCGGCCGAGCUCGCUGGAGAGGGCGCCGGGACUCCCCUCUCUGCGCCCCGGACGCCGCCCGCCGGAUCGCGCCGUGGGAUGUAGCGCCGGCUCGCCGCCUCCCGGACACUCGUCUGACCCUCAGCCCCGCGGUGACCACGCCGGCUUCAGGACAUGCACGGACACAGCCGCAACGGCCAGGCCCACGUGCCCCGGCGGAAACGCCGCAACCGUUUCGUCAAGAAGAACGGCCAAUGCAACGUCUACUUCGCCAACUUGAGCAACAAGUCACAGCGCUACAUGGCGGACAUCUUCACCACCUGCGUGGACACGCGUUGGCGCUACAUGCUCAUGAUCUUCUCCGCGGCCUUCCUUGUCUCCUGGCUCUUUUUUGGCCUUCUCUUCUGGUGUAUCGCCUUCUUCCACGGUGACCUGGAGGCCAGCCCCAUGGUGCCCACGGCGGGGGGCCCCACGGGCAUUGGAGGGGCGGCCCCCACGGCCCCCAAGCCCUGCAUCAUGCACGUGAACGGCUUUCUGGGCGCCUUUCUGUUCUCAGUGGAGACACAGACAACCAUCGGCUACGGGUUCCGGUGCGUGACAGAGGAAUGCCCACUGGCGGUCAUUGCGGUGGUGGUCCAGUCCAUUGUGGGCUGCGUCAUCGACUCCUUCAUGAUUGGCACAAUCAUGGCCAAGAUGGCAAGGCCCAAGAAGCGGGCGCAGACCCUGCUCUUCAGCCACCAUGCAGUCAUCUCAGUGCGUGACGGCAAGCUGUGCCUGAUGUGGCGCGUGGGCAACCUACGCAAGAGCCACAUCGUGGAGGCCCACGUGCGGGCCCAGCUCAUCAAGCCCUACAUGACCCAGGAGGGCGAGUACCUGCCGCUGGACCAGCGGGACCUCAACGUGGGCUACGACAUCGGCCUGGACCGCAUCUUCCUGGUGUCGCCCAUCAUCAUCGUCCACGAGAUCGACGAGGACAGCCCGCUCUAUGGCAUGGGCAAGGAGGAGCUGGAGUCGGAGGACUUUGAGAUCGUGGUCAUCCUUGAGGGUAUGGUGGAGGCCACGGCCAUGACCACCCAGGCCCGCAGUUCCUACCUGGCCAGCGAGAUCCUGUGGGGCCACCGCUUCGAGCCCGUGGUCUUUGAGGAGAAGAGCCACUACAAAGUGGACUACUCACGCUUUCACAAGACCUAUGAGGUGGCUGGCACACCCUGCUGCUCCGCCCGGGAGCUACAGGAAAGCAAGAUCACCGUGCUGCCGGCCCCACCACCCCCGCCCAGUGCCUUCUGCUAUGAGAACGAGCUGGCCCUCAUGAGCCAGGAGGAAGAGGAGAUGGAGGAGGAGGCGGCGGCCGCUGCUGCUGUGGCCGCAGGCCUGGGCCUGGAGGCGGGCUCCAAGGAGGAGGCUGGCAUCAUCCGAAUGCUCGAGUUCGGCAGCCACCUGGAUCUGGAGCGCAUGCAAGCCACCCUCCCACUGGACAGUAUCUCCUACCGCAGGGAGUCUGCCAUCUGACCUCCAGGCCCUGCCCUCACCACUGCCCAUAGGAGCCCCCUCUCAUUCUCAGGACAGAGCUGACCCUGGCUCUGUGGACCUUCUAGGGGAAGGUGGGGGGGGUCAAAGAUCAGGAGACCCCUUCCUGCUGACAUCAUCACCCAGGCCGGAGAAGGCCCAGACUCACACCUAUCCACAGUGGCCCUGGGCCCCCAGACCCAGCACCCUUCCCCACUGACUCUUCAAGGACUCUCCCUCUUUGCUCUCAGAACCUUGGGGAAGGCAGCCAGACUGCUUGGGGGCAUCUUGGGGUUCUGGGGGUGGGCAGGGGGUUAGUUCGGGGGAGGGUGGGUGGGGGGGUGCGUUUCUUUUGCAUGACUGUGGCCUGUUGCUCAUGACUUUCUUUUGUAAAUAUCUAUAAAUGGAGAGAGAUGGAGACACCAAAUUCACGAUGCAGCCCCUCUCUGUGCACCCCACCCCUCCCCACCUAUCAAGCCCACAUGCUCCCUGCCCAGCUGGCUGGCCCCUUGGCCCUUGGAUGGUGCUGGGUUUGGGUGGAGAGUCAGGACCCCAAGGGGCAGGAUAAAGGCCCAUCCCACCCUCCCUGCAGGCCCUCUGGGCCCAGAUUGACAAUGGAGUUUGUAACUAUAUAUUUUUAAUAAAGUAUAUG